CUAGUUGUCUAAAUGUUUUUGAACUCAGUUUAGUUUGGCUAUUUGAUUGAUGUGAUACAAUGAUACAAUUGAAGUGAUCUAAAUUCCUGAACUGUUGUCAUUUAUUUAAACUUAUACUUUUUAAAAACUGUUUGGGAUCUGCUUGUGAUAAGUGUUGUAAUCAAGGUAAUGCUACUGUUAUUGUCACUUUAUUAAGGAAGGAAGUGCAGUCAGUAUGCAGUGUGUGUAAAGUUUACAACACUGUCAUUGCAUAGAUUUUGUAAUUUUCUAUUCCUCAGUUCAGUUAUAUUUCUCUGCAUGCUGUUGGAAUAUAUUUAGUUACAUUUUACUCUCUUCUGUUUAAUUAGACUUCUUGUAUGUGGUUAUCAUGCUUGGAGAACCGUUCCUUCAUAUUUUGAAUUGCACAGAAGAUACCACAAAUUGUGAUGGAGCAGCUCACACACACUCACACACCUCCAUGGCCAGUCCCGACGCCUGCAUGACGAGCGUCACUGCCCGAUCAACUCUGACACCACGAACUGUGAGAGAAAAGCCAGGGCCUUGUCGGGCCUCUGCACCCAGCAACGCUAUGCCCAUUCUCAGCUUUAGCGGUGAGGAUCACUUGGGCAUGACACUAUAUUGCUCCUUGUGCUGUCCCAGCUUCUACAAGGACUAUCCAGACCUCCGACUUGCAGGUGACCGGCUGGAGCAUUGGAGUCCUCAUAACCCUGCCCUUCUCAGCUCACAGGACAACAGGCCACUGCUGCAGUCUCAGGACCUGAGCUCACUGGAGACCUCUCUGGCACAUGGUCAACAGGCAGAGGCUGUGACCCAGCAGGAUGAGUGUUAUCUUGUCAUAGAGAGUGGUCAGAGUCCUAGCUGGGAGAGAAGGCUCACCAACUCCAUGUUGAAUGGUUAUCUGGAGAUCCAAAUGCUGGAGGUGUUUUGCCAGCACAUGCAAAACAUGGCAUGCUGUGGAUCAUCAUUGCUUGGCACUGAUGUCAUGCCAACAAUGGUGCACACCAGCCUGACUGUACCCAGUGAACAGAGAGCCAAUCAAGAAGAGGCGCUGUAUUCUUCAUCCAAUAAUGUUGUGCGAAACUUGAGCACUUGUUCAGCUCCAGCAACCUCCCACUUCAGCUCACCAGUGCUGCGAAUUUCAGAAGCUGAGGAGCCAACCUCAUAA